CCCCCCCCCUUCUCCCCCCGGUCCUUCGGUGUUCCGUCACUGUUGCUCGGGUUUCGGGGGCGGGUGCACGUUAUCACCCGAACCUCAGCUCCGUUGCCAUCCCUAGCGGCCUCCUCACUGCGCCGGCUAGCUAACGCUUUACCGGAGGGACAUGGGAGAGCCAAGCAAGGAGCUCCUGGACCUGCCCUCCGAACCCAGGCCGCCCGCCUCCUUCAUUGAGUCGCUUCUCGCUAGCAGAGAUCACCAGCAGCAGGACAAGGAGGGGAAGCGCAAGCCGGGGCCGCCCACUGACCCCCUUCCCAAAAGCCAAGUUCUAGGGAAAGUGAAGGAUUUCUUGGGGGAGAUUGCAAAGGCAAACCAGAAGUUGCAGCUCGACACACAAAACAAGCCUCUUGAGGAGUAUGAUAUCGAAACCCUUACAGGGAACGAAGAGGAGUACAUUGAGAUGGAUUUGCUUCUUGGUGUUGCUGAUCUUCAUUCGGAGCAAGCUGUGGAGGCUGCUGAAGCAACAAUGAAUGGCUUCCGGCCUUCAGGAAUGCCAGUUGCUUGCAGCUCAUCUGACCCGGAAGAUGAUAGUGAUGACAGCGAUGAAGAUGGUGGUGACAGACCUAUCGUGUCUGACAUAGCUAAAUGUAAAGGUCCAGAUGAAGCGGAGACAGAUCCAGCAGAAGGAAAGAAGCCCAAUAAAAGACAGAAAAUUGUUGUUCUCAACUAGUAUCCUUGUCUUUGUAAAACAAGAGUAGUAGCUGUGCUCUUUCGAUGGUUCUUUGUAUGUUCUUGUGGUAGCCUUGACUCUUGAUCUUGGCAAGUCUUUUAUGCAUUUCCCGAGAUGAAAUUUACAGCAGUUAAUUGUCUAGAAGAUUGACAGGGAAAUUUGUUUUUGCAUGUCCUUUGUUAAGUAUAGGAUGUUUAGGAUAAGCAAAUUAGCUUAUUUUUUAGUUGAACUAAUUACCUCGUAUUAAACGGUUACACGCCAUAUAUUCGAGGAUGAA